AUGUUGAACUCAAGAUAAAUUUCACAAAAGAGUGCUUUCUAAAACAGAGUUGCUGAAAGAAUGAACAGCUCAAAGCUUCAAAGAGUUAGUCCUAAAUCUGGAAGAAAGAUUGAUAAUUCUUGGGAAGACAUCUUUGAGCAAAAUCCCAUAAACACUGACUUGAGUGAAGAAUAAAAAAUAUCUCUCUUGCUUUUCAGUUUGAAUAUGUAUAUUUUCUUAAAGAAAAAUCAGUCUAAGUGA